AUGAGGCCGCCUGAAGAUGACGAGCCCCAGUCGUGGUGGAUUGCAUCAACGGCGAUCCCUCUUGUGGCCGCGGCCACAGGCCCGCUGGCUAAUGUCAUGUCCAUCGUGGCACUGGUCAUGCCGUGGAGGAGCAAUAUCAUCUCUACUGAGGAAGGACCUGCUGGCAACAUCAUCCAGAAGGGCUACCCCGAUCCCCGUUGGACCACUGCGCUUAAUGCCGUCUCGCUGGUCUGCGGCGUGGUGGGGAAUGUAUUUCUGUUGUUCAAUUUCACGCAGACAGUACGCUAUAUCAUCGCGCUGCCGGUGACGAUCAUUCUAUGGUUUUUGGCCACGGGCAUCCUGGGCGGAAUUACUGCCGCCAUGUCUGUAUACAGUCCUCCAACUGCCCCAGAUCAAAUAUUCUCACAGGCAUACUGGAGUGCCGUCAUCGCAGCGAUCCUCUACUUCAUUCUGAGCAUCAUCCUGAUGAUCAACAUGCUGGGAUAUUUCCUUGGUCGAUACCCACAACAUUUUUCUCUCACUGACGACCAGCGCACGCUGAUCUUACAGAUGACUGCAUUUGUAAUGUGGCUGCUGAUCGGUGCGGCGAUCUUCCAGCGAGUGCUAGGCAUCUCGUUUGCCGACGCCUUGUACUUUUGCGACGUCACAGUCCUGACCCUCGGGUUUGGAGACAUAACUGCCCACACGGCCGUCGGAAGAGGCCUGAUCUGGCCGUAUGCAGUCAUCGGGAUUAUCAUGCUUGGUCUGGUCGUGGGCAGUAUCCAUCAAUUUGCUCGGGAGGUGCAUUAUGACAAUGUGGUCCGGAAGCACAUUGAAGAGAAACGACAGUCGACUUUCAAUCGAUCAAUUAACCUUGAGGAACUCCAUGCCGCUCGCGAGAAUCCAUCAAAUGGCGGAAAAGAUGUGCCCGCUCCGGUCCUUCUUCGAGACGGGUCCGUGACCGCCCACUAUAAGCAUCACAGCCACCAGCCUAUCCGCAAUGCCUUGCGGGCGAGCCGUCGACCCAAGCUAUUGGUCAUGCGAGAGGAAAAGGACAGGUUCGUGGCGAUGCGCGCUAUCCAGUACGAGACCAUGCGAUUCCGUCGUUGGAACGACCUGAUCCUCAGCGUGAUAGCGUUUGGCAUAGUGUGGACCUGCGGCGCGGUAGUAUUUUGGCAGCUGGAAGAGAUCAGCUACUUUGAGGGGCUGUAUUUCUGUUUCUGUUCGCUGAUCACCAUCGGGUAUGGCGACUUCACGCCUCAGUCCAACGCGGGCCGGCCGUUCUUCGUGCUGUGGUCGCUCAUUGCCAUUCCCACCAUGACCAUGCUCAUCUCGCAGAUGAGCGACACCGUCGUGGCCAGUUUCAAGCAUGCCACCGACAAAGUCGGUGACUAUGUCGUCCUGCCGCAGUCGGGGAAGUAUAGAGCCUUUCUGGACCACUUCCCGCGCAUCCAGCAGGCCGUCCAGCGCCGCCAGGAAAAGAAACGAGUGAAGCGCGGAUUCCAGGUCGGUGCUGAGGCGGACGAGGAGGCCGAACCAGAAACCAAUAGACCGUCAUCCACUAGUGGACCCAAAGAAGUUGACCAGCAGCAUAGCAGUCACAAUGACCCAUCCCAUGAUCAUCCGCACCGCACAAUCGAAGAACUCGCCCGCGAUCCUGGUCCCUCCCCCUUCGAGCUAGCCCAGCAGCUAGCCUUCGCCAUCCGUCGCACGACGCACGACGCAGUCGACAGCCAGCACAAACGGUACAGCUAUGAAGAAUGGGCCGAGUUCACUCGUCUCAUCCAAUUUACCGAUCCACAGACGCGACCAUCCUCGUACUCGACGAGUCAGCCGCGCGGAGGCGAAGGCUGCGUGUCAGUGGAUUCAGACGAAUACGGGGUCCUCAACUGGGACUGGAUUGGCGAGAAUAGCCCGUUGUUGGCCAAGCAGAGUGAGCCGGAGUGGAUCCUGGAUCGGCUGUGCGAGAGCCUGAUCCGGUAUGUGUCGACUCAAGAGCAGAGUCGCGCCACCGGUGCUAGAGGUGUUGAUGCGGAAGAGGCGACAUUGAGGAAAGAAAAGGAUCUUGGGUAG